GAGCUGUUAUGGCGGGGGAACUUUUGUCGUUAGGAGUACAAAAGCUUUGUGUUUUACUGAGCCAAGAAAUUGCGCAUUUUCAAGGAGUUGUUGAUCAAGUGGCGGUACUAAAAAGAGAUCUAAAUUUGUUAAAUGCAGAUGCAAAGAAACAUACAAGUCCCGAGGUGAAAACCUGUUUGGAGGAUAUCAAAGAGAUUAUUUGUGAUGCAGAAGAUAUAAUCGAAACCUUUUUUCUUAGAGAAAAAUUUGGAAAAACAAGCGGCGUCAGGAAACGUAUCAGAAGACUUGCUUGUGUUAUUCCAGACCGUAGGAAGAUUGCACUAGAUAUUCGAGGCUUAGAUAAGAGGAUCUCCAAGAUGAUUAAAAAUAUGCAAAGUUAUGGAGUACAAGAAACUAUUGCAGAUAGCAGGUACGUGCAACCUCUACAUGAUAGAAAAAGGGAGAAGCGACAAGAAUUUCCGAGGGAGAACGAAAGUGAUCUCGUGGGGCUAAAAGCAAAUGUUGACAGAUUGCUUAGUUAUUUGGUGGAGGAAGAUAAUGUUCAAGUGGUUUCCAUGACGGGGAUGGGUGGUCUUGGGAAAACCACCCUGGCUAGACAAGCUUUCAAUCACGAGAUGGUUAAAAAAAAGUUUGACAAACUCGCGUGGGUCUGUGUUACACAAGUUUGUGACCGGAUGAAUGUGUGGCAAGCAAUCUUGCAGAAUUUCAAACCCAAAGAAGAGCAACAGAAAAUCAUGGAUAUGAAAGAAACUGCACUCCACGAAGAACUCUUUCAAUUGUUAAAAACAUCUAAAUCAUUAAUUGUCUUUGAUGACAUAUGGAAAGAAGAAGACUGGGACGUAAUCAGGAAAAUAUUUCCACCCGAAAAAGGUUGGAAGGUGCUAAUUACUUCUCGAAAUGAGAAUGUCGCCAGAUGUGGAAAUACAUCAUUUAUCAACUUUAAACCAGCAUGUCUAACUAAUGAAAAGAGUUGGACACUUUUCCAGAGAGUAGCAAUGCCAAGGAAAGAUGCAUCCGAAUUGGAGGUUGAGAUGGAAGAGACUGAAGAGAGGAUAAAGAUGGAAAAGAUGGAAAAGAUGGGUAAGCAAAUGAUCGAACAUUGUAAGGGAUUGCCUUUGGCUAUUAGAGUGUUAGGAGGCUUAUUGGGUGAAAAUUACACACUGCACAACUGGGAACGAGUAUCUAAGAAUAUUGGAUCUCAUCUCGUGGGAAGAAAUGAUGUCAACGACCACAACAAGAAUUCAUUGAACUAUGUGUUGUCUCUGAGCUUUGAAGAGUUGCCUAGUUAUUUGAAGAAUUGCUUCCUCUACCUGGCCCAUUUUCCAGAAGAUUAUGAAAUAGAUAUAGAAAAUUUGUCCUAUUGCUGGGCUGCAGAAGGAAUAAUCAGGUAUAAUGAUGGAGAGAGCAUUCGAGAUGUUGGGGAUACCUUCAUUGAGGAGUUGGUGAGGAGAAAUAUGGUUAUUUCCAAAAGAGACAUUACGACUGAGAGAUUUGAAACCUGUCAACUUCAUGACUUGAUGAGAGAAAUUUGUUUGUCGAAAGCCAAAGAAGAGAACUUCGUGCAAUUUGUCGGUAUCAACUCCGAGACCACACACUCUCAGUCUCUUAGUACAUCUCGAAGAUUUGUCUCACAUUAUCCGACUAAAUUACAUGUUGAGAGAGAGAUAAAUAAUUUAAAGGUUCGAUCUAUCGUCAUUAUCAAGAACGAGUCAUAUAGCUGGAAGCUUUCAGGUUUAAGCUUUACGAGGUUACAACUCCUGAGGGUAUUACAUCUCUAUUCAGCAGAAUUUAAAGGAGGGAAAUUACCCAAAAGCAUUGGAAAGCUCAUCCACUUAAGAUAUCUGAACUUAGAAAAAGCAUGGGUAUGUCAUCUACCAUCUUCUCUAAAAAAUCUGAAGUUGCUGAUUUACCUAAAUUUAGAUGUACUCGAACCAUCAUGUAUAUUCGUGCCCAAUGUCUUGAUGGGGAUGAAAGAGUUGAGAUACCUUGCAUUACCACGGGAUAUGCAUAAGAAGACAAAGCUGGAGCUGAGUAAUCUAAAAAAAUUGGAGACAUUGAAGAAUUUCUCAGCAGAGAAUAGCAGCUUUAGAGGAUCUCCGUGAUAUGGCCAGAUUGAGGACUCUUGGAAUCAAAUUAAUUGGUGAGACAAGUUUACAAACUCUAUCAGCAUCAAUAGGUGGAAUGAGUCACCUGGAAAAUCUUGAUAUAGAGUAUAAAGGGGAUAAGGGGACCAGAGAUUGGGGAACUCUAUUGGAAUCCAUUAAUCUCAAACAGCUGAAGUUGAGUAUAAACGCUCCAUUGUUAUCUGAUGUACUACAGUUCCCUUCUUGCCUUACAAGCCUCUCUAUGUCUAAUUGUCGUUUGGAGGAGGAUCCCAUGCCUAUUCUAGAGAAGCUGCUUCAGUUGAAAGAGCUUACUUUAUGGGAUUUUUCAUUCUGUGGGAGGAGAAUGGUUUGCUCGGCCGGUGGGUUUCCUCAAUUGCAGGAUCUGGGAUUAAAUGGGUUAGCGGAGUUGGAAGAGUGGAUACUAGAAGAAGGCUCCAUGCCUCUUCUUCAUACUCUCGAUAUUUUGGGUUGUCCUAAGUUAAAGGAGCUUCCUGAUGGACUACGAUUCAUCACUUCCUUAAAAAUUCUGUUUUGCUCUGGUAUGGGAGAGGAAUGGAAUGAGAGAUUGUCGGAAGGAGGAGAAGAUUAUUACAAAGUCCAACACAUCCCUUCCGUUCAUUUCCGUUAAUAUCCUUAAUGAGGCUCUCAGCAAUUACAAACAAUGCACCAGGUUUGAGUGACGAUACUCAAAUCAUUGGUUUGUGGAGUUUUCGUUCAAUUUUAAGCAUCUUCGCUUCUCCUUCUGGAAACUUUUUGUUUGUGUUGUCCAUAUCAUGUUUAGUUGACGACAAACAUAUACUUGAUCCAUUUCAGCUGCAUUUCAACUUGUUUCUUUGAUUUCUGUUUCAGCACCAUUUAUAGGCCAACUGAAAGUGCAGAUGGUAGCUAUCACUCACCAUCUUGUAUAAGGAAUUCAACUUUGGACCUCCGAUCUUAAUGACUCAGCUUGAGCAUCAUCUAUGGAGAAAAAAUAUUUAAAUUUUUAUGAUUAGUUUUACGUCCGAUCAA